UGCUACUGCAGAUGAUAUUGGACCUGUGGUCAGUGAAGGUCAGGCCAACGCUGGUCCUGUUAAAUUUUAAUCUGUAAAAAUGCGGUACAGCAUGAGGGAAAAAGUUUUGCUAGUGAGCCAUUUUCUGGCAGUGUUGUGCGUUUCGGCCGGACCAAUGCAAAUCCAGGCAAGACUGCAUUCUACCGGAGUAGCAACUAGUCCCAAUCUAAACUACUCGGUCGUUCCACAGCCCGUCGAUGAAAACGCAGUUUGCGAGUACAAUGAAGCCUGUACGGCCGCCAUGGAAUGCUCUUUUGGCUUUGAAGCGAAAGCCAACUUGAAGCCAUGUUCGACUGCAACCCACGUGGAUGGAGUUUGCUGUCCCACAAGCGAGCAAAAUGAAACCAGCAGUAGCAACAGUAGCCACCUUCACAAACGUUCCCUGGAGCAUCCCGGUGAGUACUUGUACUUGAACGCCAUUAACGAGGGCCAACAGGAGUACAACGAAAAGCUACGCCAUGAGGACAAACAUCGAGCCGCAAUGACUGCCAAGGAUCAACAGGAAUCGUUGUUUCACCGUAUGUUGCGACCUGCUGCCGUAAGAGAUCAUGCGCAUGCCCAGGACCCCGAGGAGCAAUCCGACGUUUAUGGGCAUAUUUUUGCCAGUCAAAAAUUUGCUGAGAUGACGAAUAUGACCUUGGAGGAGCGGCAAGGUGAUCGGUUUGUGAGGCUUCCCAGGGCAGUGCAGAAGCGUUGUCUGCCACCGGUACCAUGCAAUCCGAAUGCACGCUACCGGACCAUCAACGGCACGUGCAACAAUCCACGGCCAGACCGGACCAGCUGGGGACAAGCUGGCUAUCCUUUCGACAGGGUUCUGUCGCCGGCGUACGAAGAUGGAGUAUGGGCGCCAAGAAUCCACUCGGUAACCGGCAACCUGCUGGAGAGUGCUCGAACCAUUUCUGUAGCGCUAUUUCCGGACCUUUUCCGACCGGACCCCACCCUGAACAUUCUAUUCAUGCAGCUUGGCCAAUUCAUAUCCCAUGAUUUUACCCUCAGCCGAAGCAUCACGCUCAAGAAUGGUCAACCGAUCGAAUGCUGCACCCCGGAUGGCUCCCGGGAAUUGACCGGAGCACAACGGCAUUUUGCCUGUUUCCCCAUCUCCGUCAGCCCCGAUGAUCCGUUCUACUCCAAGUUUGGCGUUCGCUGUUUAAACGUGGUCCGGAUCCGACUAGCUCGCGGCCCCAAAUGCAAAAUGGGCUACGCAAAACAAGCCGAUCUCGUUACUCACUUCAUCGAUGCAUCGGUGGUGUACGGAUCGACUGAUGAUGUGGCAUUUGCUCUUCGCUCGUUCCGACAAGGCAAGCUGCGGGACUCGUUCCCAACCGGAAUCGAACUGCUUCCGUUCGCUAGAGAUCCCCGGGAUUGCGUCCCGUGGGCACGAGUUUGCUACGAUGCGGGCGAUAUUCGAACCAAUCAGCUGCUCGCUUUGACCAUGGUUCAUACGCUGUUCAUGAGGGAACACAAUCGAGUGGCAGAGGAGCUGAGUCGACUCAAUACCCACUGGGACGACGAAACGAUUUACCAAGAGUCGAGGAGGAUAGUGAUUGCUGAGCUUCAGAACGUGGUGUACAAUGAGUACCUCCCGAUUCUCCUGGGUCAUCGGAAGGUGCAACAGUUCGGACUGGAGGAUCCUAUUAAAGGGUUCACCAACUUCUACAAUCCGAAUCUUCGACCGAUGACGCUUGCUGAGGUUGCAGUGGCGGCCCAACGUUACGGCCACUCCACCGUUGAAGGGUUCUUCCGACUCCUCCACAAAAAGGCACCUCCGGAGGACGUCUUCAUCAAGGACAUCUUCAACGAUCCGACCAAGACGCUGGAACCGGACAGUUUCGACGAAAUGAUGUUCUCUUUCAACCAACAGCCCAUGGAGUCGAUGGAUAACGCUGUCACCUUUGGCCUUACCCGGUUCCUGUUCAAGGAGCGUAAACCUUUCGGUUCGGAUUUGGCCGCGAUAAAUAUGCAACGAAGUCGUGACUUUGCCUUGCGGCCGUACAACGAUUAUCGCGAAUGGGCAGGACUUCCCCGGAUAACCGAUUUCCGACAACUGGGCAAGGUGGGAGCACGGCUAGCGCAGGUUUACGAAUCUCCCGACGACAUCGAUCUGUGGCCUGGCGGUGUGUUGGAACCUCCGGCGAAUGGUGCCGUUGUGGGACCGACAUUCAGUCAUCUGCUAGCGAAGGCGUACUCGCGGUACAAGUUUGGAGACAGGUACUACUUCACCAACUCUCCGGAGGUAAAUCCGGGUGCCUUUACGCUGCAGCAGUUGAAGCAAAUCCGGCGAACUUCGCUGGCCAGUAUAAUCUGUGCAAAUGUGGAUAACCGGUUCGAUUUCUACCAGGCUCCUCAGGCGUUCCUGCAACCCAGUAACGAUAACGUGCCAGUUCCCUGUGAAAACUAUCGCCUUUUGCGACUGGGAGCUUGGCGCAACUGAGGCUAUUUUAAGAUGUGUUCUUGUGUAAAUGUUUUGGAAGGAAACAUUGUUUGAAGAUUUGUUGUCAUUGUUGUGUUUGUAAUUUGUUUGUAGUUUUGUUUGUGCAAAUUCUUGCAGUCAAAUGUCUAAGGCUGAAA